CACAAAAUGACAACUCCUGUCUAACACUUUCUGAAGAGUGAUUCAAUUCAUUAUUUGAAGUCCAGAGUCCACAUCCACAGCACCUUAGAACAUUUCUUAAAUACCUUCUUUUGGGUUUUUUAGGAAGAGGAGAUGGCCAAAGGGAAGACCAACUGCAGUGGCAGCACAGCUCCGUUGAGGUCAAGGAAGCGGGAACGAUCAAGAGAUAAAAUCCCUCAGACUGAUGAUGUUCUGGCUACUCUUAAACAACAGGGCACAAAAGAAGAUCAUCCAUCUGUCAUUGCUCCACCACAGCAUCUUCAGUGCCCUCUGCAGGAAUGUGCCACGAUUACACAUCAACAGGAUCAGGCAGCCGAACAGCCCUGUCACACCAAACAAGAUGAAUCCCAAGAAGAUAAACUUGCAGAAAAACCAAAUACAUGCUUGAAAGAUGUGACGGUCCAAGCUUCUGAAGGGCAACAAGAGUCCACUGUCACCAGUCCCAUUACUGCCUCUAAGCUGGAGGGCUGUAGAGUGCAUUCUAAUUAUGAUACCAACAAGAGCGGAAUGGAGGAAAUAGCUCCACAGGACGGUAUUAGACCACCAUCUCCAACAGGCACUGAUCAACCCCAGGUCUUCUCACCAAACUCUGAAGAGGGCGACAGAUCCUGUGCAGCUACUUUGGAGAAGCAACUGGAUUCCAAGGAAACCUCUCAGAGUGAUUUAGAGCAAAAACACGAAACCAGCCAAGAAGAAACAUGCACCUUGUGCAUGGCUGAUGUCAAGGAGAUCACAAUGGAGGCAGCUGUGGUAUUACCAGCCAAAAAAAAGCGAAGGAUGGGCAUGUGUGGUCUGACAGAGAAGGAGCGGAUUCAUUUUUUACAGGCACAGAAGCGUGAAAAUGAUCAGGGCGGAGUGGAGGAAGUUAAGAAGCAGAUUUGUAAUAAUGCAGCAGACCCUGUGGCUCAGGAGGAGAUUAUAUCUUCACUCUUCGUUCCAUCUUCACUUCUCUCCAUCCCUGUCAAUAGUAUCACAGUGCAGAACCAAGCAGAGACACUGAAGUCCGGUUGCUGUGGAGUGAAGGACAGUGCGGAGACUGAAGUCCAUGUUGCUGUCACAACCUCAGAUGGGACCAGUGCUGUGUGUGACCCUGACAGCUCAGAGGUAAAGAGCUGUGAGGCUGAGAGGGGCACGGAGCCUGGUCCAGAAAUAACUGGUGAGCCAGAGUCAGGUCCACUCACACAGGACAAAGUGUCGGGGCAUUUGGUGAAUCAGGAGCAGCAGGAACUCGAGGAAAGUACAACUGUGGUGACUGAAACACCUGAGAAGCAAGGUACAGACGGAGAAGACAAGUCGACAGAGGCAGGCGGUUGUGCUGCCAUGGGUUCUUACACUAAUCCAGCUGAAAAUGAGGAAAGUGAGAAAAAGAAGAAGACUGCGUCUCUGCAGGUGCACAGAGAGACCGAAACAAGAGAUGAGAUGGAGGAAGAGAUGAUGGUUGAUGCCAGUGAUGGAACCGGCACGGAGGGAAUCUCUUCCACAGUCGCUGGGCCUGGAGGGUUUAACUGUGGUUCUGUGGAGAUCAGUGAAGCUGCAGUGAUGCCUCCUGGCUCACAGAGGGAAGACAGUUGUGAUCCUGAAUAUGAACUUGCUCCUCCUACUGUAACCACUGUGCCCACUCUGACCAGGGACACCACCGACGUGUUUGCAUCUGGAUGCUUAGAUUACGUGUCGGACUCGCAGCUCAACACUAUUGUUCUAAUUGAUGAGGAGGUGACGGAGAGGAAGACUUUUGGUUCAUCAGACAAUCCUGAAGAUGCCACAGAUCUGAUCUGUGGACUAAUCAAAGAACUCUCCUCUCUAAAUCAGAAGGUCAUGGCCACACACCGGGAGCUGGAGAACCUACAGCGUGGCAGAAUAGCUUUGAAAAGCUCACUGCAUUAAGGAUUUCCAUGAGGUACCUGAGCUUGGCGUUACCCCAGUGGUUCAUGGGUAGUGAAGGAACUUGUCCCCUUCUACAAUCCUUUAAGAUUAUCUUCUCACUGACAGCUGGAAUAUUCUGUUUAUUGGCUUCAAUGUUCUGGUUCUCCGCAAAUAAAGCUUGUCAUUGUUUUAUUAAGUUAGAAAUCUGACUCGUUAAAUAUGUAACUUUCUUGAUUAAUGUCUCCUUCAUGGCUCUUAAAGUUUUAAAAGAACAGAGUGGUGACAAAGCAUACAAACACAGAUUUACUCACUUUAGACAUGUGUAACUACAAGAAUAUUCACACAAAGAUUCCCCCCCCCCACAAAGCCAGAUGAGUUACAGCGGCUUUUUUUUUUUUACCUUUAGAAAAGCCACACAUAGAAUAUUCAAAAUAAAACAGGAUGUCUCAGGAACAGGAAUUCACUCACACACCUUAGAACUAGAACAAGUCACUGAUAUUUUAAAAAUUUAAAAUACUGACAUGGUCACAUGAUGUUUAAAUGCUGUAGUAAAAUUAUUACCAAUGAUGAAUGUAGGUCUGAUAAAGCUUUGGUAUUUGUGUUGAAAUCCUUCAAUGCAUGGACAGGAAAAGUGAGGCUGGACAUCAGAUGGCCACGUUUAAAAUAUAAAUAAAACAAACAUACAAUUUCCUGAGAAACAUUUUUUCCUUUUCUCCUCCCAAACAUAUCUGGCAGUCGUUGUCGAAAGAGAGUACCUCACGAAAUCCACCAACAGACGCUUUUUGAAGUAGAGGGCCCACAGAAAGAUCAGCCAGCUUCACAGAAGGCCUCAGUGUAAACGUGCCAAAGCAUGCAAAUUAAAACCAAACCAAAAA